AUGCCUGCAGCAAUGUCGACUCGUCCACUUGAUGAAUGGGUCAACACCCGCACCCAAACAUUCGAUCUAGCUGUACUCAAGGGCUCAGCGAUAGGCAUUCAUGCCACACACUACCUCGACCUCCAUUUAAAUCACUAUGUGACGAAAGAGCCUCUCCUUAUCGCCCUUGGAGGCUUCCCCUUUGCCCUCCAAGCCAACAUCACCCGCGAACUCCAGGCGUUGAAAGCAGCGACCGUCACUCCCGUUUUUGUCUUUGAUGGCCUUGAUGCAGGCAAACCACACCCAGAUUUUUCGGCGCAAGCAGAGAACACCAAGGCGUUGAACCAGGCUUGGGAAUAUUAUGAUCAACAACAGGCCGAUCAGGUUGUUGAUGCUUUUAGCGGUGCUGGGAGCACACAUCCUGAGAGCCUUUAUAAAUUCCUACAGCGAAUUCUUGAAGAAGAAGGAAUUAACUUUAUAGUCGCACCUUAUGCGGCCUCGGCUCAGCUGGCCUACCUUGAAAAGGAGCCUCACAGAUUUAUUGAUGCCGUGUUCGGCCCGGCAGAGCUCUUCCUUUUUGAUACUGAAAAAAUUAUUACCAAGAUGGACACUGACCAGCGCCACUUUAAUUGGGUGACCAAAUCACUCUGCCAGGAAGAGCUUGGCCGUCUUUCAAACCAGCAAUUUGCUGACUUGUGUCUCCUCCUCGGAUCCCGUUUCCUUCCCACAUUCCCACCCUUUGAAACACCAGGAUAUGGUGGUGGAAAGCGGGUCAAUAUCAGAGAUGCCGUCGGGAUGUUCAAUUCUGCUGGUAGAAACGCGCUUGCUCUGUGCGCUCAGUUUGAAGAGGACCAGAGAGUCCAUGACCUUGACUACAUGGAUCGCUUCAAGCGUGCUUUCAUGACUGUUAAGCAUCAUGUCAUUAUGGAUACAGAUGGAAAAGUCGGCCCACUUGAUCCAGAGAAUGCGUCUUCUGACCUACACGAGCUUAUUGGACAACGCCUCCCUGAGGAGCUUUACUUUUACAUAUCAAAGGGCAUACUAGGCUCACGGAUCCCUAAUUGGCUCACAUCCGGCGAACUUCUACUUACCCUUCCUCUUGGCACUGAAGAUACCCCUGUCUAUCGCCGCCUUCUCACUGAGAACCUCCCUCCAAUCAGGACACAAGCGCUGUGCCUUUUGUCCAAUUCGCUCCACCGCUUUUAUCAGACAAAGGUCAUUAACGUCCGAGCCUGGUACGAUGACAAAACAGAUAAAUCAAUCCACCUCAAGGACCUUCCCUCGGUCAAAGACACAAUAUCCAGCUGGCGUCUGGGAGGCAAGCAGAUGCCAGAGAAUGUACUGAAACGUCAGGAAAACGCCCCACUUCUCACUUCUUGCCUGUCGGCACUGAAAGACCAAGGUUUCGUGCCAAAGUCCUUCUCUCCCAAGGAUGCUGCACCCCUGACGACCAAACAAGAGAUAGUCUCCAAUGUUACUUGGAGGUUCCUCCAACUACGAGGCUAUGUCGACUCCAAACACCAACUCACCACUUGGGGAAAAGCUCUUGAAUCCGCACUCUCUUCCCUCCAGCCUUCAGAUAACUUAGAGGAACCAACAUUCCUGGCUGUAGAGCUUAUUCGUCUGGGUAUCCUGAGCGCAAAGGACUGGUUCCCCAACACUUCAGGCGGCCCAAUGAGAGGAUCUGAUGAAGAACAGAGGAAUAACCUCUUGAUCUCGCGAGUUGCAUGUUUCGGUAAAAUCCAGCACAAGCCCAUUGGGUAUUCUGGACCACUCAGCAGGCAGCUUCUAUCAUUCCGUUCUCUUGUCAGCACCGUUCGCACGGCUCUUCGUGACUUGAUGGAAGUUGUUCUCGCAUCGUUGCUGCUCAGUGGGGAUGCCAAUAGGGAACGUGAUGACUGGACUGAUUUAAGUCUAAGUCUCCCCUUUAUCGAUGACAAUGAUUGUGGUCUUGCAAUUGCUGUCCGAACCUAUCUAGACGACUUACCGCAGGAGCCAGAGCCCACCACCGAUGCCAUCAGAGAAGAAGUCAAGGCCAAGGGCAAAGAAUGGUUCCAGCACAGCCACAGCUUCUCUGAGAAUCUAGAGGUGUCCUUCCAUCUAUGGGAUGCGGUGUACAAGGCGGUCCAGGUGGCUAACAAGGAGUCGGGAGUUGAUGCCAAAGUGUGGAAUGAGGCCAACCAGUGGUUAAGCUCCCGAAGGUAG